CGCGGCGCGGCUGUCAGAGGCGGCGGGCGGGAGGCGGCUGUGCUGAGGCGGGGGCCCGGCAUGGAGCGGACAGGGGCGGCCGCGCAGGCCCCACACAGCUGAGGCGUGAGCAGCGUCACGAUGCCCUGAGGAUCGGGGAACUCGGGUCUCUCUAUGCCAGUGAGCCCCUGGGCGAUGUCAUGUGCAUGGAAACACUCUGGGAAUUUGUGGGAACAGCAUUGUCAGGCUUAGGCGGGGAGCUCAGGAGACCUCCACCGUUGUGCUGUGAAUGUAAAAGAAAUCCAUUCUUACUGGUGCUCCAACUACCGGGGUUGUGGUGCGUGCACUGCGUUUUCCUACCAUCUCUUUGCAGAGGAGCAGAGAAGACUGCUCCAGGAGCGCCUAGCAGCCAAAGCAAAGCUGAAAUGCCCAAGUGCAAACUUUUAAUUGAAACAGCUGAUGCACUUGGCAAACCUGAACACUUCAAAGACUCCCUGUUGCAGUGAGUAUCAUGAUGUUGUAGUGCAAAGGAAGCCAUAAAACUUCUCCAUGGGGAGAGAAGAUAAAUGUAAGCAGGAUCAGAGACCAGAAAAAGCAAAUCAGUCCCUGUGGUCAGGCUCUGGAAAAUGCCACUAGUAUAACAGAAAUGAGACCCUUUUUAAAGCAGCAGAUGAAUCCCCUGAAUCCGCCCUUAAAACCAGUUUAUAAACUACAGCAUGUUGACAGGAACAAGGAGGAGGCUUGCAGAAAUGUGGUGAAGGGUGCUCAGAGAGAUGGCAAGCUUGGUGCCAAAUCCACGCAGCAUGCUGGCCACGCUGCUCAGCAGAAUUCUAAUACAUGCCAGAGAGCCGUGGUGGUGCAUCCAGAGCAACCAAGGAAGAGUGCGAAGCUUCCCACAGGGCUCAUGCCAAGCAUGAGCCACUCUACACAGACCAAAGGGAGGCUCCCAGCUUCAAACUCUGGUUACCUAAAUCCAGGAAGGAAUGAGAAGCCUGCACAGGAGACUGUCACUGCUGCAGCACCUCAGACUGAAAGUAUCGAUCCCCUUCCUGGGUCAUUUUGCUCCCUAAAUGAGGGCCUGCAGGACAAGCUGGUCUGCAACAAAGAAAACAUCCGAGCACAAGCCUCUAACCACCCUGUACUGAACAGAGUUUCUCAGUCUCAUGGAAACAGUCUUAGUAACAGGAAAGUCUUGACUCACAGGCAAAGCUCAGCUACGAUGUCAAGAGCCAUCACUGGUCCAAAGGACAGAAUUAAUAGCCGCCAGGCUAAGGGAGAGCCGAUUCAGGAUAAAAUCAGGAAUACUUUGCCAGGCUCAAAGAGUGUAUCUCAAAAACUAAGUAUCAAAACUCAGCCAUUACAGUCCUGUCAGUUACUUACUCCUACUAAUUCGCUACAUAAAAACCCAGGAGUAAACCAGGAAAAGACUAAUAUGGCAAGGCAACCCAUGGGAAAUCCGCUCAGCACACUUCCAGUUGGAAGCCUUAAGCGCCACAGUAGAUCCCCCCAGGUGAACAGAUCUUCCACAAAGCCUCCAGCCUCCAGCAGGCCCCUGGGGACCACAGACCUGAACUCCAGCCUGAAAACAGCUGGCCCUGUGCAAGGGCAAAGACCUGUGGCUAGAGGGGAGGCAAACAGGAAGGACAUGAAGGUGGUGCCUCCAGGAAGCACUGCAGCAUCCCGAGUAACAGUGCCCCCAAACCAGCCUCGCGGUGCACACUGCUCCAAAAUUCAAGCAAUUGAGAGCAAUUUUAGUAGGAGAGAGAGGCUUAAACCAGAGCUGCCAAAGGCAAGCCAAACACAAAGGGUACAGGCUACGUGUGUUCCCAAGACCCCAUCAGCUGCAGAUCGGAAGAAACAGCUGGAGGAGUGGUUGGCAUCCAAAGGCAAGACAUACAAGCGGCCACCUAUGAUGCUGCUUCAGAAGAAGCCACUGGAGCUGACCUGGAGAAAUGUUAAGGAGAAAGAGAAGCAAGAGAAACAAGAGCAGCUAAAGCAGCUCUGCCUGGAGAAGAUCAACAACACUCUAACUGAGUGCCUGAAGCUCGUUGAGGAGGGUGUCCAGGCAGAAGAGCUCUCUGCAGUGCUGUCCCACGUGCCCCAGGCAGAGAAAUUUGCCAAGUUCUGGAUCUGCAAAGCAAAACUGCUCGCCCGGAGCGGCCCUUUUGAUGUGGCAGGGUUGUACAAAGCAGCAGUCUGCGCUGGUGCUGUGCCACUCCAGGAGCUCAGAGAAGUUGUCCUUGAUAUUUUGAAGGCUGCAGAUCAAACAUCAGAAGGGGAAAAGGCUGAGCAGCCCAUUCCUAGAGAGCCUAUGACGCCUUGCCCAAGGGAGAUGCAGCAGGUGGUAGCAACACCCUGCCUGACAGGGGCGUCCUGGACUAAGCUGCCCAUCUCCAUCAAGUUACAAGUUACGUCUGCAUCCAGAGGAAAGGAGUUGCUGGAAGCCCGGGAGCUGAAAUUCCUGACACCAGUGCGGCGCUCACUGCGGAUAGACCGUGCUGGGAGCCACUACCCAGCGAUGCUGAAAGACCAUGACCCUGUGGUGUCAUCCCUCAGUGAAAUCAUGGAUGCUGAGGGGGAGACUCAGUUCUUCUUCAGGAAAAACAAGGCUUUGCCAGAAGUGGUGGAGCUGGAGGGUUUGAGUUCGUAUUCCCCAGAGUGCUGUUGAGGGAUUCCCAGCAGGGUGGGGGCUGCCUGCUCCCAUGUGCUGCCUUACACACACCACUGACUUCUCUUGUUGCCUCACAGAUGUGAGUAUGUUGGGGUGGUGCAUGCUAAGCCUGUUUCAAAUAUGUAAGCACUAGUUUAAAUACAUAAACACUUGUGGAAGA